CUCUCUACUGAAAAGAACAUCCAGUCGCUAUUGAGACGAAGCGUCUCAAGCCUUCACCAUGUCAGCCGACCUUGCCUCUGCCAUGCAGAAGGCCAACUUAAAGUGAGAGCUGUCGUGGCAUACGAGAGAUACGUGGAAACUGACAUAUCAGCUCAAAUUCAUCCUCUCCGGGGACAAUACAACAAGGAUCAUCCGAUGUGUCGAAUCUCUCAGCUGCCACAGCCGCGAAAGGUUCCGAUUGGAAAUCGGGACUCAAAGCGCCGGCGAAAGACACCCGACAUCAGACUGAGGUGUGAACGAUCAACCCGAUCUGAUUGGAAUUCGUACUGAUCCAAGCCUACAGGAUGUCACCGCCACCAAAGGCCUAGAUUUUGAGGACUUUUACAUCAAACGCGAACUCAUGAUGGGAAUUUUCGAAGCAGGGUUCGAGAAGCCCUCUCCCAUCCAGGAAGAAGCGAUCCCCGUCGCCCUGACGGGCCGCGAUAUCCUCGCUCGCGCCAAGAACGGGACCGGCAAGACGGCCGCCUACGUGAUCCCGACGCUCGAAAAAAUCAACCCUAAGAACUCCAAGACGCAAGCUCUGAUCCUCGUCCCCACGCGAGAACUCGCGCUACAAACCUCACAGGUGUGCAAGACGCUUGGGAAGCAUUUGGGGAUCAAUGUCAUGGUCAGCACUGGUGGAACGGGCUUGCGGGACGAUAUCAUUCGUCUUAGCGAGCCGGUGCAUAUUAUUGUGGGAACACCGGGAAGAAUCUUGGAUCUUUCUGGGAAGGGCGUAGCAGACCUCUCGGGCUGUCAGACCUUCGUAAUGGAUGAAGCGGAUAAGCUGUUGUCCCCGGAGUUUACUCCUGUCAUUGAGCAGUUGCUUGCAUUUUGUCCGAAGGAGCGCCAGACGAUGCUGUUCAGCGCUACCUUCCCUCUUGUGGUCAAGUCCUUCAAGGAGAAAUUCAUGAACACCCCGUACGAGAUUAACCUGAUGGAUGAACUCACCCUUCGCGGUAUCACCCAAUACUACGCGUUCGUCGAAGAAAAAGACAAAGUCCGCUGCCUCAACACCCUUUUCAGCAAACUCCAAAUCAACCAGUCCAUAAUCUUCUGCAACUCCACCAACCGUGUCGAGCUCCUCGCCAAGAAAAUCACGGAGUUGGGCUAUUCCUGCUUCUACUCACACGCCCGCAUGCUACAACACAACCGAAACCGAGUGUUCCACGAUUUCCGCAACGGCGUCUGCCGCAAUCUCGUCUGUUCCGACCUCCUCACCCGUGGUAUCGACAUCCAAGCCGUCAACGUCGUCAUCAACUUCGACUUCCCCAAGAACGCCGAGACCUACCUCCACCGCAUCGGUCGCUCCGGUCGUUUCGGCCACCUGGGUCUGGCGAUCAACUUGAUCAGCUGGGACGACCGCUUCAACCUGUACCGCAUCGAGCAAGAACUCGGUACCGAGAUUCAGCCGAUCCCGCAGGUCAUCGAGAAGCGCCUGUAUGUCUACGAGACUCCCGACACCGUGCCCCGUCCCAUCUCCAACGCGCCCGACAACCGGCCGCGUGCUCCGGAAAAUGGCAAGGAGAAUCAGGGCCAACUGCCGCGACAGCCCGGUGGAUAUAACACUAGCUACUACCGAGGACGGGGCGGUGGGAAUAUGCGGGGUGGUCGUGGAGGCGGCCAACAGAGGCAUAAUGGCUUCUCGGGCCCUCCAAGGCAGCAGCAGCCGCAGCAGCAGCACCCUCAGCAACACCCGCAGCAACACUCGCAGCAACACCCGCAGCAACACCCGCAGCAACACCCGCAGCAACACCCGCAGCAGCGAGUGACUCCUCAGGCUUAGACGUUUGAUGGCGCGCUCCCGUUAUUGCCGGCAUUUCCUAGCUUUCAUUUACGUUAGUUCGUUUCCUUUUUCGAUCGAUGAGCAUGGACUGUAUAGACGACCAUGACCCCGAGUUUUCCUUUUCCUCUUUUCCUUUCCCCGCGGCAACUGGGCGCCGGGCGGUAUUCUCGUGACAUU